AUGCUGUUUGAUUUGUCAAAGUUGCUGUUUUUGAAUACCAAACUGAAUUCUGUUAAUUUUGGUCAUACUCCAAUAGCACCGGCCAGUAUUAGAAAUGUGCACAAUACAAUUUCACACACGAAUAUUCAGACAGCGGAAAGUAUAAGGAAUGGAUCAUCUGCCAAAUUAACGAACACUCUGUCACCCAAUAUUUUUGAAUCACUGAUACCAACAACUUCAACGACCUCGGUAACUGAUGUCAUUUCACCGGUCCCAGAAAUAUCAUUCUCACCACAAGAUCGUGAUAGUAUAACAACCAAGAUGACUUUGUCGCGUUCAAUUGAAGAACUAAGAACUUCGGAAUCACAAUAUCUAUCUGAUUUGAAAACCCUAAAUCGAGAUUACUUUCAAAAGUUGAUUGAAGAUGUCAAAAUUGAAGUACCUGUCCCUAUUAAAAUUGUACACAAUAUUCUUACCAAACUAAUUGAGUAUCAUGAUAGAAUGAGUAGAUUGUUUGCAAAAAUCUCUGAUCGUGACUUGUGUUCUAUGUGCAGUCAAUAUUGCCGCAUAAUUUCAGAUAAUGGUAUCAAUGUUUUCCUUUACAAGUGGUAUUGCUCCCAGGUUAUUUUCCAUGAUUUUUCCCAAUUUACAAAAUUACCGACUCGGGCAAACUGGCGACAGAUGAUCGUUCCGACAGUUGAUUCGUGGUGCAAAGGAUGGCAGAAUUUUUUUGAGUGUCAGCAACCACCACGUAACAAAAAGGAUUUUUCUUUGAUGUCUCUUCUACAGAGACCUAUUGAUAGAAUUACAAAGUAUCGUUUGUUCAUGGAAAGUAUUUGA